UUAUACAAUAAUGUAUUUGCGUCGAUAAAUACAGCACCUUAGUGCACUUCUAUGUUGAACUAUUUAGCUCGGGGUAUCUACGUGAUCAAAACUCAGUAACUACCUGUCGGUUUAGCUAGUAAAGGCUUUUGCACUUAUACAUUCUGAUCAGUUAUUGUGUUGGCUCAUGACAAAAUGGAAGAAGGAAAAUCACCCAAUAAAGCAAAAGAAGAAUUUGAUGUGAUUGUUAUUGGUUGUGGUCUGUCUGGAUUGACAGCUGCCUAUGAAAUUUUUAAAUUAGAUCCAAAUAUCAAAUUAUGUUUAUUAGAGGCCAAAGACCGUUUGGGUGGAAGAACUCUCACCAAUGAAAUUGACAUUGGUGAAGGACAGAAAGCAUCAUUUGAUUUUGGAGGACAGUGGGUAGCAUCAAGUCAACCAGAUAUUUUAGAAAUACUUGAAGAACUAAACAUUGAAACAUAUCCACAAUUUAUUGAUGGAACCAAAGUUAUGCAAGUUGGGCAUGACAAUGUUAUUCGUACUUACAAGUCUGAUAUCCCAAGUCUUGGAUCUUACUGGGGAAUUAUUGAACUACAACUGUUCAUUUGGAAAGCUGAGAGGUUAGCUAAGGAAAUUAGCAUUGAAGAUCCAUACUUGUGGGAAAAGGCUCAAGAAUACGAUGCAAUGACCAUGGAGACGUUUGUUAAGAAUAGUGCGCGCACUCAAGGUGUAAGAGACACCAUUCAAGCCGCUUGCCGUUCCGUAAUUGGAGCUGACCUAGAUCGUGUUUCAGCCCUCUUCUUCCUUGCAUAUGCUAAUUCAGCGGGGGGUGUCAUGAAACUCUUGAUGGCAACUGAGAAUGGCGCCCAAGAACUUCGCGUAAAAGGGGGCACGCAACAGAUAAGCGAAAUUUUAGCCGAUCGAAUUGGGCGAAAAAAUAUUCACCUGGAACAACCCGUGGCCUCUAUUUCCCAAUCUGAUGAAAGCGACUUGGUUACAGUUAAAACUUUGUCGGCGAAGAUUUUCAGGGCAAAGCAUGUGAUUGUCAGUAUUCCUCCCAAUUGCAUAACCCACGUACAGUUUUCACCUCCGCUCUUGGAGGAUCGAAGGCUUCUAAUGGAAAAUAUGCCAGUAGGGCAUCUAACAAAAUUCGUCAUUACGUACGACAAGACAUACUGGCGUGAAAAGGGCUUUUCCGGUGAGGUCGUGAGUAACGGCGGAGGACCUUUGUUAGGGUGCUCCACGGGUCCACUUAGCGUCGUUUAUGAUGCUACCAAUGAUAAAAACAUACCUGCUCUCGUAGGAUUUAUAGCCGGAAGGCCAGGAGUUGAAUGGCACCGUCAAACGGCAGCGGAACGUCGUUCGGCGGUUCUUAAUAGUCUUUCCGAUUGUUUUGGACCAUGGGCGUUGCAACCGACGAGCUUCACUGAGAAAAUAUGGGCCGAUGAAGAAUACAACGGAGGUUGUCCAGUCUCUUUCGGCGUUCCUGGAAUCAUGUUCACAUUCGGUAUUCUCCGUCGUCCGCAUGGUCGAAUUCACUGGUGCGGGACUGAAACAUCUACACACUGGGCUGGAUAUUUAAGUGGAGCGGUGCAGUCUGGAAGACGUGCAGCUUCCGAAGUGAUGAAACUUAGAGGUAAGAACGUCAUCGAAUUGGAGAAGCUAGCCUUUCGAAAACCAUAUGCAGACCAAAGUCCACCAUAUUCUUUACCCAAUUUAUUGACUCCUGUGAUUGUUGUAUUUGCCAUCGCUACAGCUUUCAUCGCUGUUUAUUUCCUAUAAUUUCUAGUUUUUCUUUCCAAAAUUUGCAGGAAAAGUGAAUUAGAUGGAAAUGUGUUAUUCAAAACUAUUAUUUUACUGAUCAUAUACAUUUAUUUACAAAUCAGAA